UCUAAUAUUAUCUUUUCUUCUUCUUUUUCUACUUUUUUUUUUCUUUUUUCGAGAGUUUGAAUCUUGGUGCCGGUGGAGAGUUCCAAAGGGAUCGCAUUGAUCCAAUGUUCGUCUCGUCUUGGCUCGUUUCACCCUGUUGACGAGGUCGAAGUUGAUUCUCGAUUGUUCAUUGGAUCAUGCGAUCUCUUAGGAAUCUUCCAUCAGUAGCUCUAAAACAUGUACUAUUAGUAUUCGUUUAUUAGAUCCAAGGUUCUUUCUGUCUCACUCCAUUAACAACGUUCAAGUCGAUUCCCGAUCGUUUAUUGGAUCGUGUCAUCUCUUAAGGAUUUGUUGCUAAUACGAUCAAUUAUUCAGCUCAAAGCCAACCGAUUAGAACAUGGUUGAAACGGAGCAUGACAUCGAAUGUUGUGGUGGACUCAACAGCAAAACCUUAUGAUUCUCCUAUAAUUCUCAACCGACACUUGCAAGUUCCAAGAUUUGCUCCGAUGCUGGAAUUCGCUUUAAUGCCGACUCCUCCAGCAUUUGCUCUAUGGUGGUGUCGAUUGCUGGAUUUAGAAAUAUAUGAAUUGAAAAUAUAAAUUUAAGGAUUAAAUGUUAAACUUAGGGUUCUAUAUAAAAUUGAAAUCCAUGAGAAUAGGACUUGUUUUGGGCAUUGAUCUACAAAGAAGCCCAAUUAGAAUGAGAAGAGAAAUCGACAUGUAGUUAAACCCCUUCGCAUAAACCUCGCCGUCAGAUUCGUUGAAAGAACCUCUUCGGGAAUUCGCCGGAGCCGAUAAACUUCCGAUUAUCAGGUGAAGAUGGUGAGCCGGAGGCAAAAGCUUGCCCGGAAAAAGUACAGAGAAGAACAUCCAGAAUUGUUCCCGAAAGCAGAACCAACGCCACCGAAAGAUCCGGAGAAGAAGAAGAAGAAGAAGAAGAAGAGUGAAUUCAAGCGCAAAAAGGGAGAAUCGGAUUCAAGGAACGACCCGAAUAAACCACACAAAAAGGGAUUUAAGAAACACCCUCUCAGAGUUCCUGGGAUGAAGCCUGGUGAAAGCUGCUUCAUCUGCAAAGCUAAAGACCACAUCGCUAAGUUCUGCCCUGAAAAGGCUCAAUGGGAGAAGAACAAGAUAUGCUUACUUUGCCGGAGACGAGGCCACAGCCUCAAGAACUGCCCCGACAAAACUGAAGACACAGUGGAUAAGAAGCUAUGCUAUAAUUGUGGUGAAACAGGACAUUCACUAGCUAAUUGUCCACAACCUCUUCAACAUGGGGGAACUAAAUUUGCCAAUUGUUUUAUUUGUAAUGAAAGCGGACACUUAAGCAAGAACUGCCCAAAGAAUACUCAUGGGAUCUACCCUAAGGGUGGUUGUUGUAAAACUUGUGGGGAAGUGACACAUUUAGCUAAGGACUGUCCAAAAAAAGGCACCCAAGUUUAUGCUGGGCCUGGUGUAUCUAGUAACAGAUCAUCUGGAUAUGUGGAAAUGUCGAGACGACCAGAAACAAAGCUCGUCAGUGGUGACGACCUCGAGGAUGACUUCAUGGUCGAGGAAGAUAAUUUACAGAUCAAAGAUGCGAAACUCGGAAAGAAAAAGUGUCCCAAAGUUGUGAAGUUCAUGGAUGCAUUCAAAACAAUUCUCAACCUUAGUUUUGUCCCUCAAAUUACUCCUCUUUUCCUCUUUAAUCUCAUCUCAUCUCAUCUCAUCUCUUCCCCCAAAAUAAGGAUCUCUCCCUCUCCCUCUUCAUCUCUAACAUUUCUCUUCUCUUCUCUCUUUCUUUCACUCUUCUCCUCCAUUCCCCUCUCUAACACAUUCAUACACAAUAUGGCGAACGCGGCAUCUGGAAUGGCUGUGAGAGAUGAGUGCAAGCUCAAGUUUUUGGAGUUAAAAACAAAGAGGAACUAUCGUUUCAUUAUAUUCAAGAUCGAGAAUCAAGAAGUUGUUGUGGAGAAACUUGGAAGCCCUACAGACACCUACGACGAUUUCGCUGCUGCUAUUCCUCCUAACGAGUGUCGUUAUGCUGUCUUUGAUUUUGAUUUCACCACCGACGAGAACUGCCAGAAAAGCAAGAUCUUCUUCAUAGCAUGGUCACCCGACACAUCCAUCGUGCGAAAUAAGAUGGUGUAUGCAAGCUCCAAGGACAGAUUCAAGAGGGAAUUGGAUGGAAUUCAGGUGGAAUUGCAAGCCACUGAUGCAAGCGAAAUGAGCUUCGACAUUAUCAAAGCUCGAGCCUUUUAAGCUCACUUUUCAUCUCCAUUCUUGAGCCUGCUUAAUGUUGUGAUACUAUACUACUCAUUCACUUUCUUUUCCACUUUUUUUGUCCUUUUUUUGUACGUUUUGAUCUUUUUUCACAGCCUUGUUUUUUGCUUUAUGGUGUUUCCACUCAUAUCUAAAGCUGUAUCGACGAUCUGUUGUAGUUCUAUAUCAACAUUCCUUCUUUCACUUAA